UGAAUUAGUCGUAUUCGAAUUUAGAGUCAUUGUUGAAAUUAAAUUCAAUUGCAAAUCAAAAUUCACUCGUAUAAAUCUAAAUCCAAUGUAUAGUUAUUGCCAUGUCAAGUCGCUAUGAUGGUGCCGUGACAAUUUUCUCUCCCGACGGACACCUGUUGCAGGUUGAAUACGCUCAGGAGGCAGUUCGCAGGGGUUCAACAGUGGUCGGAUUGUGCACAAAGAAUUGCAUAGUGCUGGGAGUGGAGAAAAAGGCUGUCGAUCCACUGCAAGUUGAGAGGGCGACACAUAAAAUUAAAAAACUCGACGAUCAUAUGAUAAUUACUUUUGCUGGUCUUACGGCCGAUGCUCGAGUGCUCAUUAAUCGUGCCCAGAUUGAGGCUCAAAUGCAUUGCCUAAACCGGGAGAGACCAGCGUCUGUGGAAUACAUUACACGAUACAUUGCCAAAUUAAAACAACAGAAUUCCCAUACGAAUGGGCUGCGUCCAUACGGUGUCUCCUGCAUCAUAGGUGGCUUCGAUGUGGAUGGCAAGCCGCAUUUGUUUCAGACCGAGCCUUCGGGAAUCUAUUACGAGUGGCAGGCCAACUCAACGGGGCGAUUGGGCCAAGCAGUCAGAACGUACAUUGAGAAGAAUCGCAGUGCGAUGAUUAACGCCCCCAAUGAGGUUGAAGCCGUCAAGCAGAUGGUGCGCACCUUGCAUUUGUCCACAUCAUUGGGUCCGAGUUUCUUCGAAGUGGUUGUGCUGAAGCACAACGAGCCGAUGACCAAAGUUGCCCCUGAGAUGAUAGCCUACAUGGUUCAGCUCAUUAAGCAGGAGGUUGCCGAGGAGGAGGCUAAGCAAAAGCAGCAACAGCGAACCGCGGCGACUUGAUUUGGAGUUCGACGUUUUUCUUGUUAACUUCACGUUUGCCGAGAGCGACUUAGUUAACCUUUCGGUCCAAUCAAGACUUCAUGAAAGUUCUUUUUUUUGUUCUCUCUCGGCAAUUUAAUUUUAACCUCUCUCUCUCUCUCUCUUCCCGUAUUUGGCUCAUUCUCAAGGGAUGCUUGCGGAAUAUGCCAACUGCAAGCUGGCAAGGGUAUGGGAUAGGUAGGUGAGGGAAAGUAAUCAGCACGAAAAAUGUGUAAAGUGAGCAAAUCACUUAAUUUGCCUCAAGGGCAUGUUUAUAUACUUCAUCGCAUCGUCCAUCGUCUAUCGUCCAUCGUCCUCACAACGCUCAAAUUCCUUGACCAUUUCAGAUGGACGCUAUCUUAACUUGGCCAGCUUUUAUGUGCAGGCAACGGGAUGGCAAAAGACGAGUUAGAAACUUUUAAGUGAAAAUGGGAAUUGAA